AUGACUGAAACGACUGCUGAUGAAGUCGUUCCAUUAGUCUUUAAACCAAAUCGUAUUUUACCUAACACUGAUAGACGAACUCCAUUUCAACGAAACGUCGUCAUUAGUUUGAUUCUUUUAAGUGCUGGUUUUGAGCGAUUAGCAUUCUAUUCAUUGGCUGGUAAUCUUACUUUUUUUCUUGAUUCAACAUUAAUUAAAUGGAGUUUUCCGCAUACCAUUACUACUCCACUUCUUUUUCUUGGUACUAGCUAUAUUUCGGCGUUAGUAUUUUCAUGGAUAAGUGAUGGCAGCCUGGGAAGAGCGAAAACAAUUAUUACCGGUUUUGUUAUCUAUAUCAUUGGCUAUAUAUUUAUGAUAUUAUUUGCAAAUGAACAUACGCAUCGAAAUUGGUGCCCUAAACCUGAUAAUACUACAGACACAGUGAAACCGGAUUUUUUCGAUGAACUUUGCGUUCAAUACAUUCUUCCAACGCUCAUUUUCACUGCUAUUGGUGUAGGUGCAGUGCAAGCGAAUAUGGCUGUGUUUGGUGCAGAACAAGUUCGAGAACAGAGAAAUAAAACAAGAUAUUUUGAUGUAUACUAUGCAGCAGUUAAUACUGGUGGACUUAUUGCUUUCGGUGCCAUUGCUUAUUUACAAAUGAAUGAAGGUUAUUUUGUUGGAUAUUUAGUUCCUGGUGUAUUAUUGAUGGUGUCUUUUACAUUAUUCAUCAUGGGUUAUAAAUAUUAUAUUUAUAUAAAACCAUAUGAUUCUGUAAUAACAAAAUUUUUUCCUGUUCUAAUAAAUGCAUUUCAAUCGUGGAGAUCUCAUCGAAAUAAUCGGCGUGAAACAAGUGGUAAUAAUGAAUCACAUCACGAUGAAGCAAUUGUAGAGCCUGAAGAUGAUAAUACUGAUUAUCUAUCAUUUACUGUAACUCGAGCAUCAUGGUCAUUUUUCGAUUAUGCUAAAAUGCAGAAUGAUGGUCGAUACUCUGAUCAUAUUGUAAAUGAUAUUAAAUCCCUUCGGCCGAUUAUUGUCGUAUUUCUACUAUUAACACCAUAUUGGCUUCUUUAUGUUCAAGUUGAAACAACAUUUAUUGUUCAAGGUGCGCAUAUGAAAUUACCAACUUUCUUUAAAGAGAUGCCUGUUGUAUGGUUGUCUCUUGGAAAUCAAAUAAUAAUUAUUGUCACUAUUUUCUUUCUGAAUGCCUUUGUCUAUAAACGACUUCAAGCCAGUGGUCGAUCAUUUCCAAUAAACACUCGAAUUAUUAUUGGUUUAAUCUCAGCGGUGCUUGCUAUGUGUAUGGCAGGUACAAUCGAAAUAGUUCGUCAAAAUGUGUGUAAAACUCAAAAUUUCACUCAAACUAUUGGUGAUAAACAAUAUCUAGCGGCUAAUAUGAGUGUAUUUUAUCAAUUUCCACAGUAUCUUGGUAUUGGUCUUUCUGAAGUAUUUACUUCAGUUGCCAGCCUUGAAUUUGCUUAUUUGGCUGCGCCACAAUCCGCUCAAUCAUUAAUAAUGAGCCUUCGAUUUUGUUCAGCUGGCCUUUCAUCAUUUUUCGGUUUGGGUAUAGUUUCUGUUUUGUCGACGAUGUAUGAUACUCAAGCAUCAGAAAACUACCAUAACGAUGACCGAUAUUACAUCUAUUUCUUUCUUUUAGCUGGUCUCCAAGUAGUUUUUCUAUUGAUUUUUAUGGCAUGUAAUCGAAAAUUUAAAAUACUUAAAAUACCAAAUCAUCAUCUAUAUGCACGUCAUUUUAUAUUGCCACAGAAUUCGGAUUCAUUAAAUAUUUAA